AUGGCCAGUUUUUUAUCAGCUGUCGGUAUAUUGGGCACUGCAUCUGAAGCUUAUCAAUGUGGUAUUCAAUUUAUUACAUUGGUUGGAGGUUAUUGUAUUGCGUUUCCAUUAGCUGCAUAUGUUUACAUGCCAGUAUUUUAUAAGCUCAGAUUGAACAGUGCUCAUGAAUAUUUAGAAAUGCGAUUUGGAAAACUUGUUCGAUGGACAGCUUCACUUGUAUUCUUAUUACAAAUGACAGUUUACAUUGCUCUUGCAUUGUAUGCGCCUGCUUUGGCAUUCAGUCAAGUUAGUGGUCUACCUAUUUGGAUAUCGAUAUUGUCUACUGGUUUAGUGGCUACAUUCUAUACAGCUUUUGGAGGUAUUCGUGCAGUAGUAUGGGUUGAUCUUUUCCAACUAAUUGUUCUCAUCAGUGGAUUUUGUUUAAUCACACUAUUAAUUACUUUAAAAGUUGGUGGAUUCCAACGUCUAUGGAGGAUAGUAAUAGACGGUCAGCGUGUUCAAUCUUUCGAUUUUAGUAUUGAUCCUUUUAAACGACAUACAUUAUGGACUUUAAUUAUUGGUGGGACCGGAUUGGUUCUUAGUAUAUUCGGUGCUAAUCAAACACAAAUUCAACGUUAUAUGGCAUGUCGAGAUUUAAAAACUGCUCGAAGAGCUAUAUUACUAAAUAUUCCAUUGACAAGUGUAUUUUUAGCAGUACAAUUAUUCACUGGCUUAGCUAUUUAUGCUUAUUUUGCUGGUUGUGAUCCAGUAUUAAAUGGAUCUAUUAAACGUUAUGAUCAAAUAUUACCCUACAUAGUAAUGAUUUUAUUCGAUGGUGUACUACUUGUUCGUGGAAUAUUUCUAUCAGUUAUAUUUGCAGCUGCUUUAAGUACUGUAUCAUCAGGUAUAAAUAGUUUGGCUAAUGUUUGCUUAGAAGAUUUAAUUCGACCAUUGUAUAUUCAUUGGAGACAUUUGGAUAUUUCAGAAAGAUCUAAAUAUCGAUUGGCCAUAUUUUUAGGUAUUUUAUUUGGUACUUUAACUGUAUCAUUGGCUUUCAUAUUUACAUUAUCCAGUUCACAUAUUUUACAAAUAUCAUUUUCUUUAUUCGGUGCAAUUGGUGGUCCAGUUUUAACUGUAUUUACUGCUGGAAUAUUUUUUCCAUGUAUUAAUGCUGAAGGUGGAUUAUGUGCAUUAAUUAGUGGUGUUAUUUGUGGUCUAUGGAUUUGCAUUGGAAAUACAUUUAUAACUUCAAGAACUGAUAAUGAUCGUUUACCUUUAACCAUUGAAAAUUGUUCAUCUAAAAUUCUUCAAAAUAUAUCAUCAUCUAUUGUAAUUGGUACAAUGAAUACAUCAAUUACUACUGUUAAUAUUAUAAAGACGACAACAUGGUCAUUUUAUUCACUUUCAUAUCUUUAUUAUGCAACAGCUUGUUUAAUUGUUGGAAUUCCUGUAGGAUUUAUAAUUAGCGCAAUUACAGGAUUUAAUAGUCGAUCACCGGUUAAUCCACGUUUAUUGGCUUGGCAGGCACGUUCAUUCUAUAGACAUUUUCCAAAUUGGCUUCCUCCACAAACAGCAAAUGAUCAGGAAUUUAAUCCAAUCUCUUCCACAUACAUUGAAAAAACCGAGAAUUUAGACAUGAAAUUACCUCGUUUACAAGUAAUCAACAACAACAACAACAACAACAACAACAACAAUUCCAUCCAUAGAAAAUGAUCAAUUCAAAGAUUCUACUAUUUGAUGUAAUAAUAAUAAUAAUACAAGGUAGCUAUAAUGUGAACAAUAGAGUAUACUUUACCAAUUCUUGUUUAUCUUUCAUAACUAUUUCUUUCAUCUUUAUAUUAAUUAAAUCAUAUUUAUCAACAUAAAUAUGAUCAAUGAUGAAUACAAUGAAUCCGACUGUAAAGAGUGAACUAUAAUGUCGGUUUUUACUCAUUCCCAUAUUUUGUUUUACAUUACUCAUGAAAAUAGAAAUCAAAUAUUGGGAUGUUCAUUUGUUAAUAGAUUAUUUCAUUUUCAAACUAUCGUUUAUUUUCAUAUAAAAGAUGAAUAACAAAAUG